UCAAUUCUGCAAGUGGUUCUGAUUUACUAUCGCUGUUCUCUAGCGGUCUAAAACCGCUUUUGACCUAAAGGGACGCUUUUUGGACGCCAUGGACGUUUCUCAGUUUCCAGGCAGAAAGAACAUAAAAAUGCAGGCAGGGCGCAGGACAAAGCACUCGGGACAAAAUGUAUGUGAAAUGGUUUGAUGAAAUUGUAUUUAGUGAAUGUCACUUUUUGUCAUUUUCAAAUUUCCUGCCAUUCCGUCCCCUGUACAUCUCGACGCUCGCAGGGGAUGGAACCCAGAUGACAGAUGCCGGCAUCCGCCGGAUUACAUUGCCGGGGACAGACUGCAGGAGGGAC